UUGGCGGGGUAGCGGCAAACAAACCUCAUUCUCGGCUGAUGAUGCCUUGAUGGCAGUUGGUUCUGAGUUACAAUGAUGUCCAACUUCGCUAGCAACCCGAUUGUGCCAUUUGUUUUGGCAGGAAUCCUGCAACUGUUUCUUUCGGUCGUAGGGGACUCAUGUGGAGCGUUGACCAUAGCUGAGGCUGAUGAUGACUACAUGUCACUCCGGAGGAAAGCUUUCUCCAAUUUCAGAUCAACUUGCCGAAAAGCUGUCCCCAAACAGGACUUUGAUGAGUGUGUAACAGGUACUCAUACAUGUGACUCGGUGAAAAACGAAAUAUGCGUCAAUACUCCAGGUGGCUUUGACUGUGUCUGCAUGGAGGGGUAUCAGCGUGUUGGUCAGUCUUGUGAAGCUUGUCAUUUCUCUACUGUGCCUCAUCCCAAACCAUACAGCUACAUGUUUAUUCUGGAGCCCCAGAUAUCGCCUUUUAUGGUGAACUUCAGUGUGAAAACUGGAGAACUCGCCAUGGUAGGACUGUCGGAGAAUAGGACGGAUCAGACAGUCAUUAUUGAGAUACCUUCUUCGGGUCACGGACGGAUGGAAGAUUUAACCGAGUCGUCACGUCCGCAUUGGACUUUCCGGCUCGGUUAA